UGCUGCUGCGGUAUGUCGCAAACUCCUGUUUCGGGCACUUCUUCGACUAUGUCUACUGACCGUGUUGAAGACCGGGAAGUAGAUGUGUUCGAGAGGUUAAUGCGUUCAUCGCUGAAAGAUGUACGUAUUGACAGAGAAGGCGACAUUCAUGGAUUUUGCGAGACAGAAGAGGAUGUUGUCCAUCUUCUGAGCAGCUUGCGCGUCUAUGGCUACGCAUACUCAGUUAGAAGAAGUGCGUAUUAUCGCCAGCCCCCUUCAGGUGCUGCUAAACACGAGACAGGCUUCUUCUACAGCCACACAAAAGGCAACAUACCAAUACAGUUUUUUGGCCCUGUCUUCUGUGUGGAAAGCUUAGUGAAAAGAGAAUGUACUCUUGGCCCGUUAUAUCAUAAAAAGGAGACUCCUGUUGCAGAUCAUCUGGUGGACCAUGUUAACCCAAAGAAGAAGAGAAAAGUUCUCAUGGACACACAAAAGAAAGGCUGUCCAGCAACAUUGGAUGUUAAGUGUGUCAGGAUAUUCCCCGAUUAUGCGAUAAACUCGGCAACACAGUUCAAAAAAAAGAGUACUCUGUGUUCUUGUGCGACAUUUAAAAGCAGCAUUCAGAUCAGCUUAUUUGGUUCUUUUGUAUUGCAUGGGAGCAAUGGACAAGCCACAAGCAAAAUUUACAAAAGAGUUGCAGUUGCAGAUCACCUUGGCAACAUCAAGGUGACACAGCUGUCUUCUCCCAGCAGCGAGAGGCAAUGUUGUGAUCAUUACUCUGAACCUCCUUCUUUCGUGGAAAGUGUAAUUGACACACAAUGCAUACCCAGGUGCGGUAGUCCCUACCGUUACAAAUAAGUUUGCUGUGGCACAUUACUUGGUUGUGUAUCAUCAAGUCAAGACCGUAUCAGUCCAAGGGAAAAUAUAAUGAACACAAAUGAGUGCUCAGCUACAGUUUCAGACAAAUGGCUGAAUUUUCCAGGUUUUCUGUACGGUGAACAAAUUACCACAUGGAGACAAAAGUUGCUGCAGAAGUGGCCUUGGUGUUCAAGUAAGACAGAAAGGCAAAUUUCUGAUUUUUUUUUUUUUUUUUAUCAUGAUGCUAUUACAUCAUCCUCAGGAUAAGAUGUAGCUAGAGCACACAUUCUCAAAGUCUGUUAAUGUUUAUAGUGCUGUAGGUCAGGUUUAUAACCAGCCUACCUAACUGUCUUUCAUCUUGUUCCUCUGAUGAAGUUGAGUUUCUGGGAUUGGCACUGCCUUGAUUUACUGCCUCCUCACUGCUGGUAUCCUCUAAACUUUGUAAUACAGGACUGGCAGAUUCAGACCAACUGCUGCUUGAGCCAAACCCAAAGGUCCAAUCGAGACAAAUGAAAGGGCUGUUCUUGUAACUGUCAUUCAACUUAUGAAAGUCCCAGCCAGGGUAAUAAAUGAAAAUUGCGCAGAAAUGUUUGCAUGGAAGUAUUCACAUGUGCAAUUAGGCUUUGCAGAAUUCACCACAUAGUAACAAUCCUUGGCCUCAGCACAUUCUACACAAAAUAAUCCCUCGCCCAUUUAUUUCACUGAGCUUUCGGUAAGUCUAGUUUGCGCUGAAGAAUAUAUUUUCAUUACGUGAUUCACAAAUUCGUGUGACUUGUUAUGCAAGAAGUGAGGAAUCUCUCUGCUGUAAGAGUUCACAGCUGAAUUCUUCAGACAAUAUUUUUUAAACAGGCUA